AUGAAGAAAAAUGAAUGGAUAUGUUAGUAAACAAUUAUGGAUCAUAAUGAUGAAGUAUAUUAAUUAAGUUUUAAUUAAUAAUAAAAUAGAUUAGUAUCUUGUAGUUAUAAUGGUUUAAUAUUAAUAAUAGAACAAUCAGAAUAAAAUAAAGAAUGGAUUGUAAAAUAAAAGAUCAAAGUUGAAUAGUAUGGAUACAGAGUAUGCUUUAUUGAUGAUAAUAUGUUCACAUUCUAACCAUAUGGUAAAGAAUAGAUGUGUGUUUAUGAGAUGAAUAAUUAAUUUACCAAGACUAAAGAUAUUACUGUUAAAUGUGGAUCAGAUUUUACUUGUCUAUUUCCUUAAUAAUAUAUAAAUGCAAAAUUUAUGCUUGUGAGUAAGAAUGGUGAAUAUGUCAAUAUCAUUAGGAAAAAAUAAAAUGGAGACUUAUUAACUCAAUAUUCUAUACAUUUUGGAACUAAUCGUAUAUAUGGAGCUAUGAGUGAUGAUGGACAGUAUUUGGUUACUUGGGAUGAAAAAUCAAAAUAAAUACAAAUUAGAAGAUAUUAAGAACAAUGA